AUGGUGGAGAGUUCCCGAGAGGGUGCGGCGCCGAGCUCGGCGAGCUCGGAAGAGGCGGCGGGGAGUGUGGAGUUUGAGGCGUCGGAGCGGCUGGAGCUGAUGGAGAGCGGGCUGCCGCUGUGCAUUUUCCUGGAGUCUUCGGAGGUGGUGGCGAUGCGGCCGCCGGCGCCGCUGUACGUGUUCGCGCCGAGGGUGUCGUACCUGCCGACGCUGAUUGACAAGUGCCACGAGCACUUCAAGCCGUACAUCCAGCCGUCGUUCGGGCAGCCGACUUCGCCGUUUUUCGACUUCUGCGGAGUGCCCCUAGACUGGCGGCUGCCGAUCGGCGUGGCGUUCGACAUCCUAAGCGCGCUGAAGGGCGGGCGCGCGAGGCGGCUGGCGAGCUGCGGGGAGGCGGAGCCCGCGGGGGAGGCGGGGCUGGGCGAGCUGGCGGCGAGCGGGUGCGACGUGGAGCUGCCGUGGAGGCUGACGAUCCACUUCCACGGGGGCGCGGCCACCGCGGGGGGGGCCCCCGGGGCCCCCGCGGCCCCUGGGACCCCCGGGGGCCCCGGGGGCCCCGGGGGCCGCGGGAAGCAGGUGUUUGGGUUUGCAGAGUUCGUGGGGUGGGCGGGGUUCGAGAGCUUCUUCCUGAACGCGCUGAAGCAGGCCACGUACGUCAUGCACGGCUCCGCAGUGCCCUUCCAGCGGCUGCCGAAGGCCGCGGAGGUGCAGCUGCUGGCCGCGCUGCGCGCCGCGGCCGUGCGGGACUUCCUCGCGGGCUGCAGCCAGCUGCUGCCGCCGCUGACGCCGCGGCACUUCCGCCGCAUUCCCACAAAUUGCGAAGCAAAACAAGAAAAGAAAAAUAACAGAAGUGCCCGCGAGGGGGCCCCGUGGGGGCCCCAAAAGCAGAGGAUCGUGCACAAGGAGAAAGUCAUUCAACUUGCAAGUUCGGCUUUCCCUGCUGCUGCUGCUGCUGCGCUGCAGCGCGAAAUUCAGAAGCCAACACCCACACUGACAAGUGCUGCUGCCAGCAGCAGCAAUGCACACCCGCAGCAGGAACGCGCCCCGCAGCACCUGCAGCAAGAACGGGGCCCCACACUCCAGGGGGGCCCCACACUUCAAACGGAGGGGGCCCCCCCUUGCAUGCAACAUGGAGAGCAGCUCGCGGAGGCCAGGGCACCUCCGCAAGCUGCUGUGGGGAGUUGGAGAAGAAAAAGAAAAGAGUGGAGAAGUUUGGAAAAAAUAAAAGAAAAAGAAAAAAAAAAGCAAAGAAGAAAAGGAAGGGAAAAGAAGUUCACCUUGACGGGCUCGGGAGCCGCGGGGACGCAGGAGAAGUUGGGUAGGGGGAUUCUGCCGGACUCGAGCUGCUGCUGCUGCUGCUGCUGCUGCUGCUGCUCGUGGAGGCGGUCUGAGGACUUGAAGACAGCAGCAGGAAGCGCGGAAGAAUAUAAAGACCGGGGGGGGGCUGGCCAGGGGCUGCGGAGGGCCUGGGAGUCGACAGUGGCGCCGCAGCGGAGGCAAACGGCGUCGCCGAGCUGCUGCUGCUGCUGCAGCAGCGGGACGUCGUAA